GGAACAGCUUGACUCCCCCUGGACAAGACGAGAGAAGGCGAACGCGCAAUUUUACUGGACAUAGGCGGUCAACACACUAGGCAUGGGAUACAAAACAAGAAAUGUCGCAGCUCCCAUGGUUGCGAAGACUCUGCCUAUAUCCGUCCUUGUGAGCCUUUUGGUUUGUCUGUGUGUUACUAGCCAUGCUGAGGAUAGUGGCAUGGAUAACAUUGUCACUGAGAAGAAGGCUGAGGAAAGCCAUCGCCAGGACAGUGCCGACCUGCUUAUUUUCAUAAUGCUCCUCACUCUCACCAUUCUGACUAUAUGGCUCUUUAAACAUCGCCGAUUUCGAUUUUUACACGAAACUGGAUUAGCAAUGAUUUACGGUCUCUUGGUGGGUGUGGUCCUUCGCUAUGGGAUCCAUGUGCCAAGGGACAUCAAUAAUGUGACCCUGAGCUGCCACGUUAAUGCCAGCCCAGCCACACUUCUGGUCAACGUCAGUGGAAAGUUCUAUGAGUAUACGCUGAAGGGCGAAAUCAGCGCCAACGAGGUCAAUGAGGUGCAGGACAAUGAAAUGCUCAGGAAGGUGACCUUUGACCCUGAAGUGUUCUUUAAUAUUUUGCUUCCACCAAUCAUCUUUCAUGCAGGCUACAGCUUGAAGAGGAGACAUUUCUUCAGAAACAUGGGGUCCAUCCUUGCCUAUGCCUUUGUGGGGACGGUCAUAUCAUGCUUUGUCAUUGGGCUGAUAAUGUACGGCUGUGUGGUGCUGAUGAAGCAGGUGGGCCAGCUGGGUGGAGACUUCUUCUUUACCGACUGCCUGUUCUUCGGAGCCAUCGUCUCAGCCACUGAUCCUGUAACGGUUCUGGCCAUAUUUAAUGAGCUCAGGGUGGAUGUGGACCUCUACGCUUUGCUCUUUGGAGAGAGUGUGCUGAAUGAUGCUGUAGCCAUCGUCCUGUCCUCGUCUAUUGGAGCAUACCAGCCUACAGGGGACAACACGUUCGAGGCCACCGCCAUGCUGAAAUCUUUCGGCGUGUUCUUGGGUGUGUUCAGCGGGUCCUUUGCCCUCGGGGUGGUGACCGGGAUCAUGACCGCCUUGGUCACCAAAUUCACCAGAUUGCGGGACUUCCCUCUGCUGGAGACGGCACUCUUCUUUCUCAUGUCCUGGAGCACCUUCCUGCUGGCCGAGGCCUGUGGGUUCACAGGCGUGGUUGCUGUACUCUUUUGUGGGAUCACCCAGGCUCACUACACCUUCAACAACCUGUCUCCAGAGUCCCAGGACAGGACAAAACAGUUGUUUGAGCUGCUGAAUUUCCUGGCAGAGAAUUUCAUCUUCUCCUACAUGGGCCUGACCCUCUUCUCCUUCCAGUCCCACGUCUUCAACCCCAUGUUUAUUAUCGGAGCAUUCCUGGCCGUGUUCGUGGGCAGAGCGGCGAACAUCUACCCCCUGUCCCUGCUGCUCAACCUGGGCCGCCGGCACAAGAUCGGCCCCAACUUCCAGCACGUGAUGAUGUUCGCAGGGCUCCGUGGGGCCAUGACCUUUGCCCUGUCGAUCCGGGACACGGCCACGUACGCCCGGCAGAUGAUGUUCUCCACCACGCUGCUCAUCGUCUUCUUCACCGUGUGGAUCUGCGGGGGUGGCACCACCCAGAUGCUGUCCUGCAUGCACAUCCGCGUGGGAGUGGACUCGGACCAAGACAGUUCGAUGACUGCUCUGGAUGGGACGGAGCGAAGGAGCAACAAGCACGAAAGUGCCUGGCCGUUCAGACUCUGGUACAACUUUGACCACAAUUACCUGAAGCCCAUUCUGACGCACAGCGGACCCCCGCUCACCGUCACCCUCCCAUCCUGCUGUGGCCCCCUGGCCCGCUGUCUCACCAGCCCCCAGGCCUAUGAGAACGAAGUGCAGCUGCAGGACGAUGACUCGGACCUGAUCCUGAACGACGGCGACAUCAGCCUGACGUACGGCGACGUGACCGUGAGCACGGACGCCUCCGGCGCCCACACCAGUGGCCGGCCCCGCGGGGGCUCCUCCGCCAUGACCUCGGACGAGGCGCUGGACCGGGAGCUGGCCUUCGGGGAGCACGAGCCCGUCAUCCGCGGCACCCGCCUGGUCCUGCCCAUGGACGACUCCGAGCCCCCCCUGGCCCUGCCCCCGCCCCCGACCAGCCUGCCCCUCCUCCGCCACAGGGAGUGAGCGUGGCCUGAAGAAUGAAGCAAAGGACUUGCCCUGCUGAAAAUUACAGCUAGGAUCAGCUGGGAAUCAUAAGCUUGUUUAAGGUGUGUUUUUCGACACUUAGCUGGUAAUAGCUGGUCUUGGGCUGGUCAAAGCUGGACUCGAGCUUUCCAAAGCUGGUUAAGCUGGUAGAGUAAGCUAACUAUAUACGCUGGUCAGCUGGUGAACAGCUAAAAGUGUCAAAAAAACACAUCUUAAACCAGUUUGACCAGCUUAGGCUGGUUUAAGCAGGAGUUUUCUGCAGGGUAGUUUUUAUUUUAUUUUUGUUCUGUUCAUUGUCGUCCAUCCCGUCUUUCCACUUCUCUCUUUUCUAACAGCUUUUAAGAAGCGAUUUAGUUUUUUUUUUUCUUCUCUCCCCUCCUGUCUACCUCACAGGUUCCUCCCUCUCUGGCCAUUUCUGUUUAAUAUUUAUUUAUUUAUUAAUAUUCUGGCAUAAACAUUGCCCGACCGCUCGGCUGUCGUGCCGUUAGCGUAACAUCGGAAUAUUGUCAGAGGUAUCUAUGAACAUGCAUGCAUGUCUCAAGCAACAAAAAAGCAAGAAUUGUAAUUGAUAGUUUUUAUUAGUACAGUAUAGCAAGGUGUAAAAUAACUGCUUUUUGGUUCUAAACAUGGUAUGCAUGGUUAAUUGGCCUUUGUUCUAUGUGAGAUAUAAAUUGAGAAGGAUUUAGAUUUAGCCUUCCCUUUUUUCUUUUUCCCUGUAAAUGUUGCUACUAAGCUGUCAGUCUGCCUUUUCUGUGAGACUGAGUCAACCGAAACUUGGUGUUUUAGUGGCUCUGUGUGGCUGUGCGGUUAUGAUCAAGUGCCUGAUUGACUGUUUCUGCGUUUGAAAUCGCUCCUUCUCUUUUCCGCCCCAGGCCGUAACCGCGUAUGCUCGUUUUAUAGCCCCUGUGCGCUCGAUACGUUUGUUUCCCAUAUCCUGCCUUACGGUCGUAAGUUAUUCUGAAAAGGGACGUUGCUUGACUUUUUAUUUGUAUUUAUUUAUUUGUGUGUUACGAGAGAGAUUUGAACCCCAUCCACUCUUCCAAUGACGAGUUACCAGUCAGCAAAAAGCGGACUCGCCCCUAGCCAAAGGCAACGACGUUAUUUUGAAUUUGAGGGUUACAUCAUCAACGAGCAUCGUCGCAGUAACCUGCUACGUGCCUUCGCUUUCCUAGCGAACUAGCCGAGCUAACCCUGCUACACAUUAAUUCGUUUUUUCUUACUUUUUUGUUUUUCUUAAACCAAAAGUGAAAAUCUCAUUAUGCCACAGUGAAAGGUUUCGCUUCACACGUGAAACAAUUUGGUACCAGUCUGUCCAUUUUGUCACAGCCAAAAGGCAUCACUUGUAAUGUAAUAGCACUGAAGAAAUUGUGUGGAAUAAGCAUGAUGUAGUUUAGCCGAAAGCGGAAGCAGAUGAUUUCUCUGACCUGGACCACCCUAUUAAAAUAGCUUUUUAUGUGGAUCGUAGAAAGCAGGCGUAUGUGGUAACCAUGUCAUAGGGCUGUCAGAAUUAUUGUGAACAGGUACGUAAACAUUAAUGACAAACCAGGAUACUCCUCAGAGGUCGUAUUUCAAAUAAACGUUUAAUGGCUUGGGGAUGGAAGGGGACAGCAUUUGGUAGAAAAGAAAAGCACUGCACAGGGCCUUUAAGGCUCUGCAGGGGGAAUUAUAGACAGACUGUUAUGUUACAGUCUGAUUUAACAUAUCUGGGGUCCAACAUUGACCUUUGACUGUGACAUAAUGAGAUUUUCACACUUUAUGUAACCUGAUGUUCCUCACUGCAGAAAAGGUACUGAUAUUCACGAAAGAUCAAGAACAAAUUGCUAUGUUAAGUUGCUUUGUUUUCUUUGUAUUUCGAUGCACUUUCGUUUUCAGAGGCCCUGUACACGUUUUAAAAUGCUCGACAUUUAAUCUGCUGCACUGGUUUCAAAUUAUUUUAGUUUUCAGACUUUUUAAAUUAUUUCAAUCUGCCUGGGGUUUUUGGAAGGAAAACAACUAUUUAAGGAAAAUGGAAUGGAAUGAAGUUUUUGAACUGUUCCAAGGCUAUUUUUAGUAGCUAAUGGGGUUGAGAACUACGGUUCAUGCCAAAUACAAGUUAUUACUUUAAAUGGGCAAAAUUCUCCAUAAUCAAUGCAAUUAAUUCCUGCCAUAACCCGUCACACAUGGAACCUUUGGACAUAAACGACGUGAUGGAAUUGGACUUUCCUCCCGUUUUACUGCAUUUCAACUGGCUUCGUUUCUGUACUUUACCUUAAACAUUCUCCAUGAACCGUAUGACAUUUUUUCACAUCAGCACCCAUAUAGUAUCAGAACUGUGCUUCCAAUCUUGAAUUUGAAAUCUUAGCUUGAACGAUCCUUGACCGUUGCUCUUGCGAGCCUGGGUUUGACGAUUGUUCGCUAUGGCGGUUUCGCUAACAAUAAUUUCACAGUGUUAUUGCUUUUAUUUUGAUAGCGAUUCAUUUUUGUGAGUCGGGGCCCCACCGGUGGUUGAUUUCUAAUGUAAAUCUUUUCUCCGGGUUGUUUCUGCCGUCUGCCAUGUUCGGUGUCCUGCCUCUGGUCUAACGUUGUCUCAUUUUACACUCCUGGCUCUGUGUCCCGUUCAUCCUGCUCUGCGGGUGGAUAAUGGGCUUGUCCGUUUGAUUUAUAUUGGAAGAAGGACAGUGGUGGAUAAAGCAUUAGAAACAGGAGCAGGGAAAGAGAGGAAUGUAGAGAGCAAGAGAUCAGGGCCCUCUGUUUGAAGUGGAUACCGUACAGAGAGACACGUGAGAGUUGUGAACUGGAGGGAAGGGGUUCUUUGUGGAUGUGCUUUUUGUGUUGGCCUACUUUUUUUGGCACCAGUAGAGCAGAGAGUGGUGUAAAUAAGCCGUUUCUCCUUUGCCAGUUGCCAUAACUACUGAGUUAAUGUAAAUGUUGAUUACCAUUGACGGUAAUUGUGUGUAUUGUUUUGCAGCUAUCUUCAUUUGAGGUGGUGCAGACGGCAUGUGUCGGUGAGGCCUCCUGAUGAUUUGUCUUGCCUGUUUAUGAUUAUGAGAAGGUACAUUUUAUGAAUGUUUUAUUGGUGACAGGGAAAUGUAUAUGAUAUGCAGUGUUUGAGUUGUGAAGGAUUUUUGGGGGUAGGGAGGUCGGGGGGAGGGGGGGUCUUCAUUUCACUUUCAGGCAUCUCCAGGGCCGGUUCACCUUAGCAGGUUAUUAACAAUAUGUGACCUGUGGUUUGAAAAGCGAAAGUUGAACAAAAGAGUAAAGAAAUGAGCAUCAAUGCGUUCUGAGGGUCAGUUUCCCUACAUUCCUGCCGGCAGCGCUAAUGGUCCUUUUGUUCGAGGGUGCGACUGAGUUGCUGAGUGGAACAGGAAGCUGGUGAGGGCCGACGCCCUGGUGAGGCGGCGUUGAUGUGGAAGGAAGAGGGGGCGCUGCGGGCUGGACGCAGGCCAUCCGCAGAGGGGGUGGGAGCGGGAAUUGAUACCCUCCUUUAUCUCCUGCUGUGCAGGAACGGGGGAAGUUUCACGAUUUGGCUUUUCAAGAAGCGGGUAUCUCGACGCCACACUGUCAAGGAAGUCUUUCUGUUUUUUUUUCCUCCAUUUUUUUUUUUCCCUUUCACGUCUGCGGGGAGGCCUGUGGAACCAGGAAGGGGGUUUAAGCUAUGAAGACGUUUGCACUGUCAUUGACUGUCAUUUUUGGUUUUGUUUUGCUGUUUUAUUUUGCUUGAAUUGUUUUUAUGCAGCCGUUACGCGAUGUGUCUUGCUGCUGACGACUACCUGAGAUUUCUCCUCACUGUGUCAGACGCUGCGUCAGGAUCCUGUGUGAGAGGCUGAGAUGCGGAGGGAAGCGCAGGGCUUUACUCAACAUGGCGGUUUCAUUAGUGCUCUUACUGCGCUGCUGUGACUCAAUCCUCCUUCUUAAGGAUGCUGUCAUAUUAUAUAUUGUAUUGGAAAGCUUGGGGCAGAUUCCUCCUACGUUAUUACACGAGCACCGCAGGCCUGUCUCGGUAUAAACGCCCCAAGGCCACCCACUGAAGGUGGCCAUUUUAAAAUAAGAGCCGACCCUUAACUCCUCUUCCCUGUCUCAGUCUCCAGUCCUGGCCAAUUGCAUGUGUGAUGAGUGAACAAACUGAGGGUGCAGCAUAUAUGGCCAUUCCCCUCCUCUGGUGCAUUUAGAAUGUGUGUGUGUGUGUGUGUGUGUGUAUUUAAUUGGGGGCAAAAAAGUCGAAAUGACAAAUUUAACAGGCCUGUUACACAGCAGCUUCACAACCAAAAAAAAAAAAGGAAACCUGUCCGGUUUUGAGUGUUUUUAAAUGUCGUUUUGAUACGUCACAAGUGAUUGGCUUUCCGCAUUUGAAUAUAGGAGCUGUGGUGGAAACUAGACAAAUGGAAAAAAAAAAAAAACAUGUUGAGUGUGUGUUUUCAGGACGAUGUACAGCGCUGUAUUUUCUGGUGUUUAACUAUGUGGGCGUCAGACUUUGUGGUCUGGCGUCCCUGUCCGUUCAGUGUGUCCAGUCCCUGACUGUGUUUACAUCAUUGUAAAUGCCCUCCUCGCCUGUCCAUGUGCGUGGAAUGAUCAAUAAACACAAACGUGUGUGUUUGUUUAAGAAAAAA